AUGCUCCGGUGGCGGGGCCGGGCGCGGGGCGUCGCGGUGGCUGUGGCGCACGGGCUGUGCUCGGGCUCGCUGAACAUCCUGCUGAAGUUCCUGCUGGCCCGCUACCACUUCGCCUUCCUGACGCUGCUGCAGUGCCUCAGCAGCGCGGCGGCGGCGCUGGGGCUGGAGGCGCUGCGGCGGCGGGGGCUGGCGGCGCUGCCGCCCUUCGGGCCCCGCCUGGCGCGCCCCUUCGCCGCCGUGGCCGCCCUGGCCACCCUGCAGUCCACCCUCACCCUCUGGUCGCUGCGCGGCCUCAGCCUCCCCAUGUAUGUCGUCUUCAAGCGCUGCCUGCCCCUCGUCACCCUGGUCACCGGCGCCCUGGUGCUCCGCGACGGCAUGCCUUCGCCCGGCGUCCUCGUCGCCGUGCUCAUCACCACCUGCGGCGCCGCGCUGGCCGGAGCUGGUGACCUGACUGGGGAUGCUAUGGGCUAUGUGACAGGUGUGCUGGCCGUGCUGAUACAUGCUGCCUACCUGGUGCUCAUUCAGAAAACCAGUGUAGACAGUGAAUAUGGACCCCUGACAGCUCAGUAUGCCAUCGCUGUUUCGGCCACCCCUUUCCUCAUCAUCUGCUCCUUUGCCAGCAUGGAUUCCAUCAACGUCUGGUCCUUCCCAGGGUGGAAGGACCCUGCCAUGGUAUGCAUCUUUAUUGCUUGUGUCCUGAUUAGCUGUGCCAUGAACUUUACCACCCUUCACUGCACUUACAUUAACUCGGCUGUGACCACCAGCUUUGUAGGGGUGGUGAAGAGCAUAGCCACCAUCACGGUAGGCAUGGUGGCAUUCAAUGAUGUGGAGCCCACAAAGUUAUUUAUAGCUGGUGUUGUGGUCAACACCUUGGGGUCUAUCAUUUACUGCGUGGCCAAGUACGUUGAGACCAGGCGGCAGAGCAACUAUGAGGACCUGGAGAAAGAAGCUAGAGAAGAGGAGGGGAAAAGGCAGGCUGGAGACCAAGCUUUGUUUGCCAUGGAGAAAAUUUCCCAGGGGAAGGGGGCUGAGGAAGCAGCAGUGGAAGAAUCAUCCACAGGGCAGAGACAGAGUGGAGAGGAAGAGAAGGACGUCACUGAGAAAUCAGCCAAGGCACUUGUGGUUCAGGAAAAAUCCACCAUCACACAAGAAGUGAACAGAAGCUCGCUGAAAGAAGCCUAUCUUGGAGUAUGGAGGUUGGUGAGGGGUGCUAAUUAUAUAAAGAAGGAUUAUUUGAUAGAAAACGAAGAGCUACCAAACCCUUAAAAAGCAGAUUUGAAAACCUAUUGUGUGAGGACAGACACCUGGUUUUCUGUACAGGGGGAAGGCAGAGCAUACAUUUCCACAUCAAUGCUUACAAAUCCAAAUCAUUCAGGAUGACUUUACCUCAUUGUCAAAAAGCAAAAGGUUAUAGUUUGCUCAUGCUUUGGGCUUUCUUUCAGCUGCUUUCAGUAUGUCACUUUAGACCCACCUCAGCUAAGGUGCUGACACUCUGCUGCAGACACAGAGUCAGCUGGG